AUGAAGGCCUCUUACAUUUUAUGCGCUCUUGCUUUGCAAGUUGCGAGCAUUAUGGCAGCUCCCGCGGAGGAGUCCGCCGAACUUAGUAUGGACUGCCCUCAGCGACGAGAUUUAUUUCUGUCUGGCUACAAAGGCUUACAAGCGACGACAGUGCGCUCGCAGCUCUUAACGAGCUCUCAAACACACAGCAAUGCAUCCGAUGCUCUCCCCCCUGCCAACGCUAUUGCUGCCCACGGGGAACUCGUCGUUGCAUCUACUACCGGGGCCGGUGCUAUUGCUCCCGCCGUUAAAUCGAACUUGCGCGACGUUUGCACGGACGUUCGAGUGCAGACAGGCCCAGCGUUUCGCGCCUUUUGUCCACUUUUCUUGAUUCUAUUAAGCAACCACUGCACCACACUCAUUUUGUUUCGGCGCCUGUAA